AUGCAACAUCCAAAAAGAGUUUAUUUCCGUUUUUCAAAGCCUGAGCCGCCAAAUGAAGAUAUAUUAUGGAGAUCAUCACAGAUAAAAGCGCGAAAUGCUGGUAAAUGGAUGAUAUUUACAGAUGCUAACGAUGUUCAGUUGAAUUCAAAUAUGACUAAAUCGCCUAGGCAUAAGAAAUAUUAUAAAUACAAAGGUUAUCAAGUUCCACAAGAGUGUUUUGAUCACUCAGAUAGCCAACCACUCAAUACAGAAGUUUCAAUGAAUUAUAGCUACUUUAUUCCUAGAAGAGAAUUAGUUUCAACAGUACACGAAAGAGAACGCACACAAAGAUACGACGAUGAAGAACCUAAAAAAGAUUUCCGAAAGGGUUUUGUUGGAAAGAAUCCGUUAACUAUGCCUUUUAGAACAUCAACGAAGAUCUUAAAUGAAAAACGCUUUAAAGAACUCCGUAGAGCCCCCAGAAAGAUUCAAACUGUUCGUUCACCACGAUGUACUUAUCUCCAAUCACAAGAUGAAUGA